AUCUCAGGAUUGCAUGUAUCUCCAAUACUGUAAAGUGUGUCAGUCUUACAAGGCACCACGUUCACACCACUGUCGAAAGUGUAACAGAUGUGUAAUGAAGAUGGAUCACCAUUGUCCUUGGAUCAACAACUGUUGUGGAUACCAGAAUCAUGCAUCUUUCACUCUGUUUCUCCUCUUAGCUCCACUGGGAUGCAUUCACGCUUCUUUCAUAUUUGUUAUGACUAUGUACACUCAGCUUUACAACAGAAUAUCUUUUGGGUGGAGUUCUGUAAAGAUUGAUAUGAGUGCAGCCAAAAGAGACCCUCGACCCAUUAUUCCCUUUGGACUGUCUGCAUUUGCUGCAUCUUUAUUUGCCUUAGGACUGGCAUUAGGAACAACUAUUGCCGUUGGCAUGCUGUUUAUUAUCCAGAUGAAAGUCAUUUUGACAAAUAAAACUUCAAUCGAGUCCUGGAUUGAAGAAAAGGCCAAAGACAGAAUCCAGUACUACCAAACGGGUGAGACCUUUGUUUUUCCCUAUGACAUGGGGAGUAAAUGGAAGAACUUCAAGCAAGUGUUUACGUGGUCUGGGAUUCCUGAGGGAGACGGCCUGGAUUGGCCAGUAAGAGAUGGCUGUCAUCAAUACAGUUUAACGAUAGAGCAACUGAAACAGAAAGCAGACAAGCGAGUAAGAAGUGUGCGGUAUCGAGCCUUAGAAGAUUACAGUGGUGUCUGCUGUCCUGUGACUAAAGGUGUUAAAACAUUCUUCACAACACCAUGCACUGAAGAACCUAGAAUUGCACUGAGUAAAGGGGAUCUGAUUUUAGCCACAAGAGGCUUAAAACACUGGAUGUAUGGUGAGAAGAUUCUCGACUCAGCUGCUGAUGGUGGAAUAAGAGAACGAGGCUGGUUCCCUAGGAAAUGCGUGGAAAAAUGCCAAUAUGACUCUGAAACGGAUCAACCCGUGGAUGGAGAGAAGAAAAACAGAUAGCCUUCUCAUUUUUUAAAUGGAAUUUUUACUUCAGAGCAUAAUCCUUUACUUGAAAUUUUUCUGUGUAUUACUUUAGACUUAUGCAAUGAAUAUGUUAGGACAAGGUUUUCUUCUUGCAGCUGAAAGGGUUGGAUAUGCCCGUGCCAUUGUUUGCAUACUUUUUUUAACAAUAAAUAAUUGAAGAAGCCAUUCAGUGGAUUGCCUUCAAGAUGCGUCUUUUUCAUCCCGAGUCAGGUUUUUUUUUCUUUUUGCUGUUUAAAUUGCAUUCUGAGGUUUCACAUCUUAGUUUUUUUCUCCUCAAUUGCAUCUGAUUGUGAUGCGUGCUGCUUAUCUUUUGUAUUUUACUUUCUCUGAAGCUGCCCCUGAAAACUAUAAAGUAAACAUCUGAUUCAAAUUCAAGAUAAGAUUUGUUACCUGUGACUUUCAAUGAUGUGAAUUGUCCACCUCAAAUAAAUGAUACAUUCAUAUUC